UCAAAAUUCAGCGUUACUGCACAUGUGAGCUUUGCGUAUAUCGAAAUAAAGUGCUUGGUUUGAUAUUGAAUUACUAUGGACACAAUCCUAUUGAGUGAUCUUGAACGUUUCUACUUAGUACAAGGAGUUGAAGUGGGAUGUAGAAUGGAUGGUCGUGAACCAAGUGAAUAUCGACCUUUGGAAAUUGAAACCAAUAUUUUAAGUCACGCGACUGGUUCAGCUAGUAUCCGUAUUGGUGAAACAUUCAUUGUUUGCUGUGUUAAAAUGGAGGUUGGCAAACCUUCUUUAACUAACAUUGGUGAAGGUCGUAUUGAAAUAAAUGUUGAAUGUUAUCCUACAGCAACUCACCGGUGUAAUGAGAAGGCAGCAUCCGAACUGGAGGAACGUUUAAAGACAACAUUACAAUCAACCUAUCAAUCGAAGUUUAUAGAUCUAAGCCCUCUGUGUAUCCAACGAGGUCGACAGUGCUGGGUCAUCUAUAUCGAUCUGCUUAUCUUAGAAGGUGCUGGAAACUUACUUGAUGCUUCCUCCCUGGUAGUCAAAGCUGCUCUACUAAACGCUACACAGUCAAAUUCUUUAUUAUUAUCUGUUUUUCAAAACAAUUCAAAGUCUCUCGAGGCAGAAGUUCACCAGUUUCGUGGAGAUAUGUUGCCGUUAUUUGUCACAAUACAUAAGAUUGGAAAAACAUAUAUCAUAGAUGCAAGUAAGGAGGAAGAAGCCUGUUCACUGUCCAGGUCAGAUUUACGAUAAAUUAUUCUUAACAAGUAGUUUUAGGUUAUCUCUUGUUAUCUAUCCAGAUGGUUCAAUUGGUUCUUUAGAACAAGAUGGGUGUUGUAGUUGUCAAUUAGAAUCAAUUGUUGAAAUGUCACAGUUAGCAACAAGUGUCGGCAAGAAGUUGAAUCACGCCCUAGUAAAGACACUAGAAUUGGAAAAGCAGUUACGUUCCUAGUCAAUGUGUUUGUACUAAUAAAUAUAUGUACAUAUGUGUAACA